AUGACCUUCGGGCGCAGCGGGGCGGCCUCGGUGGUGCUGAACGUGGGCGGUGCCCGGUACUCGCUGUCCCGGGAGCUGCUGAAGGACUUCCCGCUACGCCGCGUGAGCCGGCUGCACGGCUGCCGCUCGGAGCGCGACGUGCUCGAGGUGUGCGACGACUACGACCGCGAGCGCAACGAGUACUUCUUCGACCGGCACUCGGAGGCCUUCGGCUUCAUCCUGCUCUACGUGCGCGGCCACGGCAAGCUGCGCUUCGCGCCGCGGAUGUGCGAGCUCUCCUUCUACAACGAGAUGAUCUACUGGGGCCUGGAGGGCACGCACCUCGAGUACUGCUGCCAGCGCCGUCUGGACGACCGCAUGUCCGACACCUACACCUUCUACUCGGCCGACGAGCCCGGCGGCGUCCUGGGUCGCGACGAGGGGCGACCCGGCACGGCGGCCGACGCCACCCCCUCGCGGCGCUGGCUGGAGCGCAUGAGGCGCACCUUCGAGGAGCCCACGUCGUCGCUGGCCGCGCAGAUCCUGGCCAGCGUGUCUGUGGUGUUCGUCAUCGUGUCCAUGGUGGUGCUGUGCGCCAGCACGCUGCCCGACUGGCGCCACGCUGUCGCCCAGAACCGCAGCCUGGAUGACCGGAGCAGGUACUCCGCCGACCCUGGGAGGGAGCCCUCCGGGGUAAUUGAAGCUAUCUGCAUAGGCUGGUUCACGGCGGAGUGCAUCGUGAGGUUCCUCGUCUCCAAAAACAAGUGUGAGUUUGUCAAGAGACCCCUGAACAUCAUUGAUUUGCUGGCAAUCACGCCGUAUUACAUCUCCGUACUGAUGACAGUGUUUACAGGCGAGAACUCUCAACUCCAGAGGGCUGGAGUCACCUUGAGGGUGCUUAGGAUGAUGCGGAUUUUUUGGGUGAUUAAGCUUGCCCGUCACUUCAUUGGUCUUCAGACACUUGGUUUGACUCUCAAACGAUGUUACCGGGAGAUGGUUAUGUUACUUGUCUUCAUUUGCGUUGCCAUGGCAAUCUUUAGUGCACUUUCUCAGCUUCUCGAACAUGGGUUGGACCUGGAAGCAUCCAACAAGGACUUCGCCAGCAUCCCUGCUGCCUGCUGGUGGGUGAUUAUCUCUAUGACUACAGUUGGCUAUGGAGAUAUGUAUCCUAUCACAAUGCCUGGAAGAAUUCUUGGAGGAGUUUGUGUUGUCAGUGGAAUUGUCCUAUUGGCAUUACCUAUCACUUUUAUCUACCACAGCUUUGUGCAGUGUUACCAUGAGCUCAAGUUUAGAUCAGCUAGAUAUAGCAGGAGCCUCUCUGCUGAGUUCCUGAAUUAA